AUGGCUAAACAAGGCAUCAUACCAAGACGCCUUGCCAGUGUACACCCACCUACAUGCAGCUCGUGCCUCUUUGCAAAAGCAACAAGACAACAAUCAAGACACAAGCAUUGGACUGAGAAGACAGUUGUGAAGACACCCGGACAAGUCGUAUCGGUCGAUCAGUUGAUCUCUCCAACUCCAGGCUUGGUAGCCCAGAUGACUGGAAUUCUCACAAAGAAGCGCUACACAUGUGCAACCAUCUACGUGGACCAAUGCUCUGGUCUCGGAUUUGUUUAUCUUCAGAAGUCCACGAGUGCGGAUGAAACAAUUAUGGGAAAGACAGCCUUUGAAGCCUACGCAAAACAACAUGGCGCAACAAUCAAGGCAUACCAUGCAGAUAAUGGAGUGUUCUGUGCAAAUAAAUGGGUUGAUGAAUGCAGAAGACUUGAGCAGACACUGACGUUUGCAGGAGUCAAUGCACAUCAUUCAAAUGGACUAGCUGAACAAAGGAUUCGGAUGGCAAAUGAUGCAAUCAAUGAAGCGCCAAACCUGAGGGAUGAGAAAGGACGGUCGCCAUUGCAACUCUUCAGUCAGACCGACAUUCAAACCCACAACAAGCAUUGGAUUCCAUUGGGAUGUCCUGCCUAUGUAUUGGAUCCAAAACUAGGACAAGGAUUCUUGAACAAGUGGGAAGCCAGAUCUCGAGUUGGAAUCUACCUUGGUAGAUCACCAAAUCAUGGAAGAAACGUUGCUCUUGUUUUGAAUCAAUUGACAGGCUUGGUAUUGCCACAAUUUCAUGUCACUAUUGACAAAGGAUUCAAUACAGUGAAGCAAGACAAGUACGAUACUCACUGGCAAAUGAGAGCUGGACUCCAAGUACCAAAGAAAGGAGCCAUGCCUCCCUCAAAUUAG